AUGUACGAAAAUAACUUCCCAAAUGACCAUUUUAGUAAAACCGUUGAAGCAUAUCCUUUUUUGGAUGUUAUUAAACUUAAAACUGAACUACAACUGUUCUACAAAAGAACCGAUUUUCGUGAUAUGAAUUCAUCAGUUCAUUUAUUGAAAUUUAUAAUUGAAAAUAAUUUAACACUGGUAUUUUCUGAAAGCUACAAACUUUUAAAAAUAAUUUCAACUGUUCCAAUGACUACAGCUGAAGCCGAGAAAUCGUUUUCUACAGUGAAACGUAUUAAAACAUUUUUGAGAAAUUCAAUGACGGAAGAUCGACUUACAGCACUAGCAAUGUUAUCGAUCAAAAAACGGAUGAUCAACAAUAUUUCAAACUUCAACGAAGAAGUAAUAAACAGGUUUGCAGAAAAAAAGAUAGAAGAAUCGAUUUAA